AUGGACCGACUAACGACCAGUGACGCUGACCAGGCAUACCUGCCCACCGCUGACUCGAACCACGGUGACCGAGCGUUCAUUCUCAUGAACAAGCUCGCUCACGGGGGCUCCUACCCCGGUCGAGAUGACGACGAGGCGGCCAUACUGACCUUCUGUAACAUCCGGAAGGCCGCUGCACUACCGAGCUCGGGGCAGCAAGAAUCGGGCGAGCCACCGAGAGCCUCGCCGGUCGCACAGCAAGAAAUUGCGAUCCCGGCGACGGCGGCCUCGAAGGGAGUUGCGCCGCUGGACUCUACCACCCUAGAGGUCGAUGCUCCCCCGGUUGCCCCAUUGGCCCCGAUGUCACAAGAAGAACCCCUUGUAUCGCUAGUAGACGCGCCGUCCUGCGCUGGGGACAUCCCUGCGGUCUGGACGGGCGCUAAGACAGCACAAGAGGCUACCGAGAUGGAGGCCAUCGACCUCCAUGACGCGAACCUUGCCGAGGCAAUCGCCGAGGCAGAGAGUCGCGAUGCAGACCAUGACGACGCCCGUGCGCCCAGGAAGCGCCGGGCCACGACACACGACGAUUCGGACACGCACUCCUCGACCUCUGACUCCGCAAGGCCGAGGAAGAAGGCACCCAGAGCCUCCCGCGCUGCCGCUGCAGCGGUCGGGAGAGCUGGAGCUAGUUCUCCACACAGUGCCCCCAAGGUGCUACACCCAAAGAGGACACAGCGGCCCACUGCGACAGAGGCUGCCUCCAGGCAGCCUGAUGAGGACGGCUUUGUUGCCCCACCUAGGAGGCACACCGCCAAGGCUGCCGCACUGCAGCCACCGCAGCCGCUGCCGACUACAAAUGCGUUCGCAGGGGCUAACGCCGACGAGAUGGAGGACGACGAGGCGCCCCUGAUGCCGCCACAGAGGAAGCCGCCGCCCCCACCGCCUAUCGUCGUCCAAUGGGACGGCGAGUACAAAAAUUUCGAGCAAAAGAUCGUUGGUUGGCCGCGUCAACCACCCUUAAGCCUGCCGGCCGCGACCUCUACAAGGUCACGGUCGCGACACAUGAGUAAUACCGUGCGGUGA